UUCCGCGGUCACCGCGGGAGGCGCGCCAGUGACCCACGUUGUGGGCUAGAGUGGCGAGAGGAGGGUAGUGAGACGCGGUCAAGGUUGCGAGCCGCAUACGUUCUGGCAGUAGCGCCGAGGGAGGACACGGUCGCGGGGGCGAAGUGAGCGCGGGGACUGGCGGGAGCCGCCCGGUGGCGCUCUAGUCGUGGUGGGACCCCUUUGAGGGAAGGAGCGGCGAGGAGGGCCUCCACUUGGGUUCUAGCGCAUCGGAGCCCGGAACGACGCAGGCGGCAGUAGAGAUGGGGACGGCGAAGAGAUCUCCUGGCGGAGCGGGAGUGGUAAAGAGAUGAUCUAGAGAAAGCACAGCGGAGGGGGCAGUGUGGAGGGUCGUAGAGGUGAGGCGACGGCUGUACAGGGCACCGGACACGAAAGGCUCCUGUAGAUGAGCGUAGAUGUGAAGUAGCAAUGCAGAGGGCCUGAAGAGGGUUCGAAGAGAUAUUUAUGAGGGAGAAGUUGCAAGAAAGAAGUUACCUCGAGUGGGCUCUGUAGAGUGCUGUGCAGAGGAUCCCUAGAGUCUGAGCUAGUAAAGGCACCCGAAGCAGGGACUGAAGGCAUUACAAACAGUGAUUCCCUCGACUGCACUAGGAAUGUGGGUACUCCUUCGAGGCGGGUACCCCCUCCGUAUGCUGCUGCCCCUGCGUGCGGAGUGGAUGGGUCGGAGGGGCCUGCCCAGAAGCUUGGCCCCAGGCCCUCCUCGCAGGCGUUACAGGAAGGAGGCUCUCCCAGCCUUGGAGGUACCAGUGUUGCCCGUAACUGCAACUGAAAUCCGCCAAUAUUUGCGGGCACAUGGGAUCCCCUUCCAGGAUGGCCACAGCUGCCUGCGGGCACCAAGCCCCUUUGUGAAGGCCUUGGAGCUCAAGGACCAGAGUGGUGCUACUGCUUCCUUCAGCGUUUUCAUUGACAAGACCACAGGCCGCUUUCUCUGCAUGACCAGCCUAGCAGAGGGGAGCUGGGAAGACUUUCAGGCCAGCGUGGAGGGGCAAGGGGAUGGGGCGAGAGAAGGGAUCCUGCUCGGUGAGGCCCCAGAAGCUGAGGACAGUGAGGAGGUCCGGAGGAUCUGGGACCGAGCCAUACCUCUCUGGGAGCUGCCUGAGCCGGUGGAGGGCCAGCUGGCUCGUGUGAUGUUUGGCCUUACCAAAGUGACUGAUGACACGCUCAGGCGUUUCAAUGUGCGGUAUUUGUGGUCUGCUCGCAGCCUUGUCUUCCCUUGGCUCUCCCCUGGAGGUGUGGGAUUACGAGGGCUGAAGCUACUAGGUGCCGAAGGCCAGGGAGACGGAGUGCAGUAUAAGGAAACCACCAUUCCCCGGCCUGGUGUCUACUACAAUCUGUUUGGAUUACCACUGAUCAGUCGGCGAGAUGUUGAGGUGGUAUUGACGAGUCGUGAGCUGGACAGCUUGGCCUUAAACCAAGCCACAGGGCUGCCCACCCUGGCCCUGCCCCGAGGAAUAGCCUGCUUACCUCCUGCCUUGCUCCCUUACCUCGAACAGUUUCGACGUAUUGUGCUCUGGCUGGGAGAUGACCUUCGGUCCUGGGAAGCUGCCAAGUUGUUUGCCCGAAAACUGAAUCCCAAGCGAUGCUCCUUGGUGCGGCCUGGGGACCAGCAGCCCCGUCCCCUGGAGGCCCUGAACAGAGGUUUGAAUCUUUCUCGUAUUCUGCGUACUGCCCUGCCUGCCUGGCACAAGUCUAUUGUGUCUUUCCGGCAGCUUCGGGAGGAGGUGCUAGGAGAACUGUCAAAUGUGGAGCAGGCAGCUGGCAUCCGCUGGAACCGCUUCCCAGACCUCAAUCGUCUCUUGAAGGGACAUCGGAAGGGCGAGCUAACAGUCUUCACGGGGCCAACAGGCAGUGGAAAGACGACAUUCAUCAGUGAGUAUGCCCUGGAUUUGUGUACCCAGGGGGUAAACACACUGUGGGGUAGCUUUGAGAUCAGCAACGUGAGACUAGCCCGAGUCAUGCUGACACAGUUCGCUGUGGGGCGGCUAGAAGAGCAGUUGGACAAAUACGACGAGUGGGCCGACCGCUUUGAGGACCUGCCUCUCUAUUUCAUGACUUUCCAUGGGCAGCAGAGCAUCAGGACUGUAAUAGACACAAUGCAACAUGCAGUAUACGUUUAUGACAUCUGCCAUGUGGUCAUCGACAAUCUGCAGUUCAUGAUGGGGCAUGAGCAGUUGUCCACAGACAGGAUUGCAGCUCAAGACUACAUCGUUGGGGCCUUUCGAAAGUUUGCAACAGACAAUAGCUGCCAUGUGACACUGGUCAUUCAUCCCCGGAAAGAGGAUGAUGAUAAGGAACUGCAGACAGCAUCAAUUUUUGGCUCAGCCAAAGCAAGCCAGGAAGCAGACAAUGUUCUGAUCCUACAGGACAGGAAGCUGGUAACUGGUCCAGGGAAACGGUAUCUGCAGGUGUCCAAGAACCGCUUUGAUGGAGACGUAGGUGUCUUUCCACUUGAAUUCAACAAGAGCUCUCUUACCUUCUCCAUACCACCCAAGAGCAAGGCUCGGCUCAAGAAGGUCAAGGAUGACAACGGGCUUGUGACCAAGAAGCCCUCCUCUGGCAAAAAAGGGGCUGUGCCCCAGAAUUCUGAGACUUGCUUGGGUCAGUCCCACCACCCCUAUCAGCCAGACCUCUCCAAGCCCUCAAGGUGAAAGCAGUGCAGAGCUGAACACUGAAAUGAGCCUGACAGGAUAGGCUGGGACACAGACUUUCUUAGCCCUCUGCUAAGGCUAUCUCUGUCCUUCAGUCCUAAGCUAAGGAUGCUCUCCAGUCAGAGGAGCCUAACCUAGAGCAGAGUUCCAUACUGAGAGAGAAUUCAAUUCAGCAAGAGAACUUCUGUGUGCCUGUACUGGGACUACAGCGCUGACAAGACAGAUGAGGACCCUGCUUCCCUAGAAUCUGCAGUCUGGUAAAGGAGACAAGAAGAGUAAUAAACACAAAAUGUGUUUUUUAGACAGUGAGAUAUACUAUGAAGAAAAAAGUCAUGCAAUAAUGCUUACAAGCUAGUUUAGAUUAAGGUCUAAACAGGUAUCUCUCAACAGAGGACAUUGGAGCUGGGGUCUAAAGAACUAGGACUGAGCCAGGGGAACAUCUGGAGAAAGAGCGAUCCAAGCAGAGGGAAAAUUAGACACAGAGGCCAUGAGGUGGGAAUGAGUAAAUGGAGUUCAAAGCACUGAGUUCAGGCCCCCUGAACCUGGAAGGGAAUAGAGGACUUGCCAAAACUCCAGUCUAGGUUUCUGGAGCCAAAGGCUGACACGGUGGGUACCAGACUCCUCUGCUGCCCACUCUGGACCCUGCCACGAGGUGGCACUCGCCACCAUUGGAUCCUAGGUGCUUGGCCCUGUAAUAUCAAGGCCCCAGAAGUGGAAGCUGGCCAGAGAGCCAUGAAAGAAAACUGUGAGCUCAGAGUGCCUGCCACCUGGACAAUGAUUCCAUGUUAUGCUGCCUCAAAUGAUUGUAGAGCCUUUUCUAGUUUUACUGAAAAAAAAAUUUUUUUCCAUUGCC